UAUCUGUUUUCAAACAAUCCUCAAAAGCAUUUAGUCUGUUUAUGUUCCAAAAUACAGUACUAGAAGGCACUGUCUCAUGUUGGUGGGAAUGUCAUUGUAGUUUAACAUCUAUGGAAAUGUGUAUAGGGGUUGCUCAAAAAAAAGUAAAAAUAGAACUUCUGUUUUAUCCAUCUAUAAUUCUACUGGUUGUAUUCCCCCAAAGUUAAAAUAAUUGUAUGAAAUGGAUACAUGCAUAUCCAUGUUUUCAGCAGUAAAACUUACUAAGUGAAACAGUCUAGAUGGCCAUUCAAAGAUGAGUAGAAAGGAACAAUGGGAUAACUUGGCCAGGAUGGAACAUGCAUGGAAGCUGAGGCACGUUCAUGCUUAGCCUGAGCAACUUAGUGAUUGAUAAGAAUCAACCUCAUAAUAAAAGAUAAAUAACUCUGAGAAUGUAACUCAGUGCUAAAACCUUGGGUUCAUUCUUCAGCAGAGAAAAUAAUAUGGUGUGUGUAUGUAAUGGAAUGGUAUUCAGCCAUAAAGGAGAAUGAAAUGAUGUCAUUUGCCAAAAAAAACACACGGAUGGAUCUGGAGCCUAUAUUACAUUAAAUAAAAUAAACACAAUAUUCAAUAUCAUGUGUUAUAGUUUGUAUGAGAAUUGCAAGAUAUGAAAAAGUAAAAUAAAGGAGAGAUGUUAGAGAAAAGAGAGGCAGACAUUUUGGAGAGGGUAAAGAGGCUCAGUGGAAGGGGGAUGGGUAGGGUGAUAGAAGAAAAAGGUGUGAAAAAUAAUCAGCAUAUGGUAUAUAUGUACCACUUGUUCAAAAUGAAAAUCAACAGUAUGUAGUAUUACAAACAUAUCAAUUCCAAACUCCCAAAAGAUACUGUUUUGGUAAAAGCUGUUUCUAAGCCAUUGUUCAGAAUGUACAGUAAACUCACGAUCAAAUAUGCUUAGGGUGCAUCACAUCAGAUCUCCUCCUGGUAAAUAUUACUAUAAAGACAUUUUAAAAUGUGACUGGUUGUUUUGUUAUUUUUUUUCUUUGACAGAAGUGCAGAGGUAGAUAAAUUCUGUCAAUAUAAGUUGGGGUAUCAAUGUGGAGAGAUAGUUUUUAUGACUCCUGAUACAAAUGUGCACAUGAACCUGCUUGGUAUAAAACCGGGUGAAAGCCUUGCACGCAGAAAUCCUCUGAUUGGUCAUUCAUCACCAACUCUGCCGAUCAUACAUAACUCUGGACUCCAAUCAUAUGAGCUCCAUGGAUUUGAGCAGAAGCUGUCUUUCAGACAUGGGAAAACCUCCACUGACUUUCAGUCCUUUCAGAAACAUGCAGAGACAAAUCCUGAAGAAAAACUUUAUGGAUAUAAGCAAUGUGCAAAAUCCUACUCUGAGUGCACUGAAGGAAGUAAUUCUGAAGAGAAAUCCUUUGAAUAUAAUCAAGAUGUAAGACCCUUCAGUUCACCCAACUAUGAUAAAAUCCAGGAAAGAAAUGACAGUAGGGUGAAUACCUGUACAUAUAUAAAAUUGGGGGAAAGUUUGAAUUCUCACCAUGAUAUUCAGAAACAUGAAAGAGCUCACACUGGAGUAGACUUCUAUGUAUACAAACACAGUUGGAAACUCUUAAAUAAUAAAACUUCAUUUGGUAGUCAUGAAAGAACUCACAUUAUGGGGAAACCCUAUGUUUGUAAGCAAUGUGGGAAAGCUUUCAGCAAACAGAGUCAUUGUCAAAUACAUGAAAGGACUCACACUGGAGAGAAACACUUUGUAUGUAAGCAAUGUGGGAAAGCUUUCAACACACGCAGCUCUUACCAAAUACAUGAAAGGACUCACACUGGAGAAAGACCCUUUGUAUGUAAACAAUGUGGGAAAGCUUUUAGGAGACAUGAUAAUUGUCACUCACAUGAAAGGACUCACACAGGGGAAAAACCCUUUGUAUGUAAACAAUGUGGGAAAGCUUUCAGGACACAGGGUAAUUGUAAAACACAUGAAAGGACUCACACUGGAGAGAGACCCUUUGUAUGUGAGCAAUGUGGGAAAGCUUUCAGGACACUCCAGGUGUAUCAAGGACAUGAACGAACUCACACUGGGCAGAAACCCUUUCUAUGUAAGCAAUGUGGGAAAGCUUUCACUAAACUGAGUAAUUGUAAAAGACAUGAAAAAACUCACACUGGAGAGAAGCCCUAUAUAUGUAACCAGUGUGGGAAAGCUUUCAGGACACAAAGUCAUUGUAAAAGACAUGAAAAGACUCACACUAGAGAAAGACCGUUUGUAUGUAAACAAUGUGGGAAAGCUUUUGGGACACAGAGUACUUGUAAAACACAUGAAAGGACUCACACUGGAGUGAAACCCUAUGAAUGUAAGCAAUGUGGGAAAGCUUUCAGGACACUCCAGGUGUGGUCCAGCGAGCGGCUCUGCUGUUCUCCUGUGGCCCCGCAGCCAGCUCCGGAGAAGGCUGCUGGGGCGGGGGGCAGGGCCCCUCCCGGGCAGGGAGGGUCUGCAGUGCCUUCAUUUUGGUGUGGGGGCGGCGGGCCGAGGUGUGGAACAUCGACAGAAUCAGGGCGCCCAGGCCGGAGCGCCCCGCCGUCCCCGCUGCACCCGGCUCUGCCGCCUGGUGGGAACCUGCGCCAGUCGGGGCGCUCUUACAGCCGGGGCACUGUCCGUGGGGCCAGCCCGCGCCAGGGGUCGGGGGUCCUGCAGCUCCUCCGGGGACGGAGCCGCGACAGUGAGCGUGGGCUGCGUGCGCACCUGUGCAAGAGACACGGUCCACACUCGAGGCCCGUCCAGCGCGCCCAAGCCUUCAGCGAUGUCCUGUCUGCAGCGGUGCCCCCGUCAACCCGGACCCUGGAGAACAACCCCCAGAGAGCCCAGAUGAGGCAGCAGCAGCAGAAGAAGGGCUCCAUCCCCUUCUUUGUCACCUUCCUCACUGACCUGGUGAUGCUGGACACAAUGAUGAAGGAUUGCCUGGAUGGCAAUCUUGUCAACUUGGAGAAAAUACAGAAGGAAGCCAAAAUUCUUCAGGAGAUGCAGCUGUUCCCGGUGGCAGUGAGGAAAUAUCAUUUUCAGUGUGAGGAAAAUGUUGAGGUCUGGUUCCACUCGAGGGAGUGGCUCAGUGAGAACGAGAGAGUGGCAGGUGAUGUUCAGCUCCCUGACCUACAACAAAGCCGAAAUCAACCGGUGGACCUGAAGGAUUACCGGGAGAGCUUGGAGUGA